AUUUAAAUGCGGAAACAUCCUCACUCUAUAAGACAGAAAAGAUAGGCAGAAUUUUGGAAGCAAAAAAAGAAACUAUACCACCUGUUAUCUCGCAAGAGACUGAAGAUGUUUUGGAAUUAUAUAAGAGAAGCCAAAAAGAUAUAGAAAAGAUUAGA